GAUGGAAGCAAGUUUUCGGCUUCCGCUGUAGUAGAAUGCACGAGCAUGGUGAAAUCCAUCAAAGACAACCAAUUCAAGUUGGAUGCUCUGGGCGGCAACAAAAAUCUUAUGUGUCGUGCACUUUCUUAUCCAAUUGACGAAUCGCAGGCUUAUAGCGUGUCAGCGGAACUUCUGAAUAAGAUAGGUUGGCAGGGAGUAAACAGCGGACAUCUUGGAUUGCUGUACAACGCUUUGGAUGAGAAUAACUUUGACUUUGUUUACUUCCGGUGAGUUUGAUCUGUUUUGUUAUGAAUUUUUUUCAGUCUUUAAAAAUCUAACUGGACUUUAACAGAGUUUCAGGAUACGAAGAAAAGCCGGAUAUUGACUGGGAUAUACUGAGCGCCAAACAGACUCAUUUCCAGUUCCUUUUUCUCAUUAACAAGCACGUGGGAAAAAGAUACUUAAGAUUCCGUUUAGAUCAAUUGAAAAAUGUUAAUCUUAACUCCUUUGAUCAUUAUUAUCCAAAGAGUAACAAGGUACGUAAUGGCGCACAUGCCCCUAAAAGGCCCUCAUAACCGAUGCUUCACCCCCUCCCUAUUGGAGAAGGUAGCACCUUAUAUUAUUGUAAGUAAGAAACACUUAGAAGAAAGUAAUAAGGGUCGCAGGAAAUGCUGGAAUUGGCGGAAGUAAAAUCGCGUCUUACAUUUGUACGGACCUCCCUCCAUGCAUAGCCUACCACGCAGACGUUCUUAGGGAUCCGCAACGCGUUCCUUCCCCUCCACCACAAAACAAAGGAAGGAACGCGCGACCAUGCCCUGAAAACGUCUACGUUGGAGGCCACUCCAUGCAAUGCGUUCUCAUCAUAAUUAUCCAAAGUCUGAUAAGUCAAGAAAGAAUACUGGGACCAUCAUUCUCUCUUGUAUAAGUAGAUUAUUGCACAGUUUUGUGGACAGGAUAAGUGGGCAGAUGGGUUGGAAUACACUGCAGUUCCGAGAGGCAAUUUCUUUAAGGUUAAAAGUUUUCUGAGACUCUUAUUUGAAUUAUUUAUUCAGACCUCACUCGGUCGGUGGAUGUUAUCAGACUGGAUACAUGGCCAAUGGAAAGUUGACGUUUGUCAAAAGUGCCGCGUGUUCUAAUGGCCCUCCGAAAGGUGGUGUAUGGUUCCCAGUCUCAGUUACAGUGCACGGUCAGGAUGUACAAGUAUACCACAGUGGGGUCCUGGUGGCGUCCAUCAAGUCCCAUUUUGCUCCAAGGGCCUGGGGAGGAGUGUUCACUUUUCAUGGUUACAAAAACGUGGUCCUCUUAACGAAAUUCAAAAUUGCGCCUCAAACGUACGUCACUAAGAGAUGCAAAAAGGUAGUGUGAAUUAAACAUCAAUGACACAAAAGCGGUACUUGACGCAAGUCAAUGACACAAUAAGAAAUGACUCUCAGAAGACUUUGUUUUACAAGAUUCCAAAGCCACUUGACGAGAAGUCUGCAUGUUCAUUACAGCAGAAUCCCGAUUUCUCUAAAGUUAACCCUCGGUAUUUCGAAAUUCCCGAUAAUUUGAACCAAAUUAAAUCUAUCGAUAACUUCCCUUCACCAGUCAAAACCUGUAAUUCCCCCUGCGCUCCGAUUUUUCGAACCUCCCGAAACUUAGAACUUACUUUCAUUUCCCAAGAUGGUUCGAAAAAUGGGGAUUCCUCUACACAAAUUAACUUAUAAACGUGUUCUCCAAAAGUGGCAUGACCAGUUUUUGGCUUUGAUUAAAUGCUGACUCAUUUCGCUUCAUUUAAAGGCCCAUCAAAACGGCUGUAAAGAACUCGGACUCUUAGUUUCAAUCUCUAGUUUCAAUUUUUUGUUCUUUUGACGCGGGUGACGUUCGAUAUCAGCGUAUUUCAGCCUCGUCCCCAGGGCGCUUUUCCCUGGCUUUCGAGUUGGGGCCCCACCUCAAAAGCCAGGGGAAAGCGCCCUGGGGACGAGGUUGAAGCACAUUUAAAAAUCACUCGGUGUAGCUUUUAGUGAACUUUUUUGUUCCUCAAGGCUUCAAAUAUAGCACACACCACGCUCAGAUCAGUCUCCCUUAUGCGUUUAAUUUUACUUUUCCCACGAGUGUUCCUGGGUUCAUACGGGAGUCCAACAUCUUCCCCAAGAAGAGUGAUGAAGAGGAAUUUUCACAUAUGAUUUUACUUCACGUAAUUUUAAUGUACCGAUGCAGGUUGAUGAGCUACCUGGAUACACUAAAGUGGAUGCUGCCCACGGACGUUGGCCGCAGGAUGGCUUCUGUCAAGUAGCUUACCUUAGAGACGGCAGUACAUCAAGUUACCAGCUCUCAGUCGAUAUGUACAACUUCAUUGGACGUGACGGAGUCAACUUUGGUCAUCCAGGAGUGUUAUUAAACGCCGAAGAUCAAGACAACUAUGACUUCGUCUAUUUUAGGUUUGUUGCAAUUUAUACAACCAGCAUAAGACGGAAGUUGUCACUACUUUGAUUUCAAACCUGAGCGACAAUCUGAAUUUUUCAAAACCUUCUUACGACCAUUGCCGUCCAGGGGUGAGGGGGGGAGGGGGGGGUACUAGGGUUAAUAUUUGCUAAGUAUGUGCUGCUGGCCUCUCAGAGCCCCUACCCCAUUAUAGUCUAUUCUCUUGCCAAUUAUAGACCCCAUCUUAGUCACUUUUGGGCAAAUGUAAUUGUCGCGAUCCCAACAAAGCAGUCAUUAUCUAUUAUGUAUCUACCUUAUAUUGAAUAAAGAACACUUUACUUUUCACUUACAGUACAAACAUUCUGGUACGUUUGCUAACGCGGCCUAAAUGUGAAGAACUUUGUCACCCCAAAAAUCCGAAAAUGUGCGACGCCAUUCUAGAAACUCCAUUGAAAAUGCAGUCCUAUUAUAGUCAAUCCAGACGUGAAAAUGCGACCCCGUCCAGCGGGACAUCCCCAUUAGCCUCUUAUAAGGAAGUAACCUCGCGGAGUUCAGUUUACGGAAAUGAUUUCGGAGUAUUAGAAAUUCUGUGUCAAGAUGGGAAGUGCUAUAUUAGCUGACAUGUUUUCGUGACUCAGUCAUGCAAUAAGCCUUUUAGGUUUAGUUGCAUUCGCUUAAUUUUACUUAUUGCUUUUUUUUAUUUCCCAGGCCUCAUUCAUCCAGCGGAUGUUUUCAGACGGGCUACGUUUACAAAGGUCAACCAAAAUUUGACGGAGCAAAGUCCGCCUCUUGUCCCAACGGUCCCCCCAAGGGAGCAGAAUGGUUCAACAUCAGGGUGGUAGUGUCGAACUCCACACCUGCCGGAGAAGUGAAGGUCUACCUCAAAGGAACAUUGGUGACGUCAUUCAACCCGCGCUAUCCAAUCCGAAAACGUGGUGGUGUCUUGGUUGCCAAUGGUUACAACAAUGUGGUGUAUUACAAGAACUUUAAGUUUUUGUAA